GGGAGCGCGGGCGGACCGGCUCCGGAGAUUGGGGCCGGGCCGGGGCAGCUUCCUGGGCUGCGGGCUGCGGGCCGCGGAGGCGACCGCUGAGCCGAGCUACCGGAGGGCGACGGGAAGCCUCACACUCACGACAGGCGGGGAAUGAGAGGCUUCGAGUUCAGACGCGGGGAUGAACCCGCAGCUCUUCACCGCCCCUCGGGCGGGGAAGCCGCGCGAGUGUUGUGCGGAGGAAAUGCGGCCAGAUUGAGGAACUGUUCGCCACCCUGCGCUCAGUCUGAUUCUGGGCUCUGACUAGACCUAGCCCCUCUUUACCAACCAACGAGCCCACGACCUGGUGCUACUCUUUUUAAAACAAAGAAAAAUGCAAGCUGGCCGUUGUGGCGCACGCCAGCUCCUCGGGAGGCUGAGGCAGGAGGAUCACAAAUUCGAGGCCAGCUUCAGCAAUUUAGCGAGACCCUGUAUCAAACAAAUUAAAAAGGGAUGGGGAUGUGGCUCGGUGAUUAAAAACAAUCCAGCUUCAGUCCCCAGUACCAUAAAAAGUAAAAGAAGAAAAUGCAGCCAGAUCUUCAUUUAAAAAGCUAAUUUGGAUUCAAAGUUGGACAAAUUGGUGAGAAAUUCUAGGAAGGUUGAGGUCCAUGGAAUUAUAGGGAGCAAGGUCAAGCAGGCAGGUUAAGGUUGGAAGUCUGAACAGGACAAAACUCUGGUCAGAGUAACCAUUGAAAAUGUCUUGGGGAAAGUGCUACAUCGUCACCCCCAUGAGUCCAGUGUGGCUCACCUUGCCUUCAGUAGUGGAUGCAUGUGUAGAUCAUUUGAGUUUAGGUAAUGAAUGAAACAAACCCGCAUCCCUCCCCACACCUGCUCACAGACACAAGGAGAAACAAACCCACUCAUCUUCAUUCCCAACUCAUUCUGUCCAGGGCCAUGGACCAGUAGAAUGAAAGGCAAAGAACAGCUUUCUGUUCAAGUUCAUGUUCUCUCUCCUCUGUGAGGGGGACAUCUCCGGGAGGAGGUGGCAACAGAAGCUCAGAGUGGGAAGUUUCAGGCAGAGGGUCCACAUAAAGGGGCAAAACAAGGAGAAAGGAGGUAGGGACCAGGAUUUGGAAGUGACUGGGCAGGUUGGCCUUAGAAGAAGAAGCCUGAGGGGCUGGGGUUGUAGCUCAGGAGUAGAGCACUUCCUAGGCCUUGUGGGGCUCUGAGUACCAUCCCCAGCACCACAAAGAAAGAAACCUGAAAUUUGGAGACUAGUAGCGCCACCAUUCUGGAAAAGAGUCUCCCAUUAAAAUUGCAAGACAAACUGGGAGAUCCAGGAUGAGGAGCUGCAGGGCUUCUGUUCCCGGGUCAUCAAGCUGCUGCGGGAGGACCUGGGCCCAGCGGCUGUGGACGCCCUGCAGAGGCUCUUCCUCAUUGUCUUCGCCACAAAGUAUCCCCGGAGGCUGGACAAGACAUGCGUGGACCUGCUGCAGGCCACCCUCUGCUUGCCUACGUGCCCCGAGCAGCUCCAGGUCCUCUGUGCUGCCAUUCUGAGAGAGAUGUCACCCUCUGACAGCCUGACCCUAUCCUGUGAUCGUGCCCCAAACACCCGGCAGAUGAGUCUGGUGGCAUCUGUGCUCCUAGCCCAGGGUGACAGAAGACAGGAGGUCAGAAGCGUGGGCCAGCGCAUCUUUAGAGUCCUUGAGAGCCGGCAGCCCGAGGGGCCCAGCCUGAGGCACCUCCUCCCUGUCCUGUCAAAGGUGGUGGGCCUUGCCCCAGGGACCCUCCAGGAAGACCAGACUGACCUCCUCAGCAAGCGGCUUGUGGAUUGGCUCCGCCAUGCCAGUGUCCAGCAAGGGCUCCCACACUCAGGGGGCUUCUUCUCCACACCCAGGGCCCGGCAGCCAGGCCCCAUCACUGAGGUUGAUGGAGCAGUGGCCUCGGACUUCUUCACGGUGCUCUCCACGGGCCAGCACUUCACAGAGGACCAGUGGCUGAACGUUCAGGCCUUCUCCAUGCUGCGGGCAUGGCUACUGCACAAAAGCCCCGAGGGCCCGAGUACCCUGGACACAGAUGACAAGUCAGAGCUGGAGGGCUCCACCCUGUCUGUGCUCUCCGCUGCCUCCACAGCCACCCGCCUGCUGCCCCCACGGGAGCGGCUGAGGGAGGCGGCCUUUGAAUACUGCCAGCGUCUCAUUGAGCAGAGUAAUAGACGAGCCCUGCGAAAGGGAGACGCGGACCUGCAGAAAGCCUGCCUUGUGGAAGCCAUACUGAUCCUGGACGUGCUGUGCCGCCAGGACCCCUCCUUCCUGUACCGCACCCUCUCUUGCCUGAAGGCUCUCCACACGCGACUGGGCACAGACCCAGGCAGCGAACGGGCAGUGCUGCCCCUUGCCCAGUUCUUCCUGAAUCACGGGGAGGCGGCAGCCGUGGGCUCAGAGGCCAUCUACCAGCACCUGCUCUCCAGGCUCCCUUCUGAGCACUUCCACAACCCCAUGCUGGCCUUUGAGGUCAUCCGGUUCUGCAGGGACAACCUUCCCCUGUUCGACCUUCACCUCCUCGGCAUCCUCAAGUCAAGCUUCCCCAACCUGUUCAAGUUCCUGGCAUGGAACAGCCCUCCCCUCACCUCCGAGUUUGUAGGGCUCCUCCCGGCUCUGGUGGACGCCGGCACAGCCGUGGAGAUGCUGCACACGCUGUUGGACCUGCCCUGCCUGACCGCCGCCCUGUACCUGCAGCUCAGAUCAUCAUCAUCCCCAUCUGAAAGGCCCCUGUGGGACGCCUCUGUCAGGACUCCCGGCUGCCUGGAGGCCUUCCGCGACCCGCAGUGCCAGGGUCUCUUCCAGCACCUGCUGCGCACCAAAGCCAGUGGCUCCGCAGAGAGGCUGACGCUGCUCCACCAGCUGCUGCAGCCCAUGGCCAGCUGUGCCCGGGUGGCCCAGUGUGCCGAGGCAGUGCCCGCCCUGCUCCAGGCAUUCUUCUCUGCUGUGAUCCAGUUUGCUGACAGGGCCCUGACCACCCAGCUGGCACUGCUGCUCCUGGAGAGAAGCGACUCACUUUACCAGGUCCCGCAGUAUGAGGCCCUCGUGCACAGGGUGCUGAGCUCUCAGUUCCUGGCCCUGUGUCAGCGGAAUCCCUCCCUGGUAGUGGAGCUGGCCAGAGAGCUCCUGGAGUUCGUGGGAAGCAUGAGCACCAUCCACAGCAGAGCAGGCGUGUUCACCAGCGUGGUGUGGGCCAUCGGCGAGUAUCUGUCAGUGACCUGCGACAGGCGGUGCACCGUGGAGCAGAUCAACAAAUUCUUCGAAGCCUUGGAGGCCUUACUGUUUGAGGUCACCCAAUCCCGCCCCUCAGCAGACCAGCCCAGGCAUCCACCACAGGUUGUCACUGUGCUCAUGACCACACUGACCAAACUGGCCUCCCGGAGCCAGGACCUGAUCCCCAGGGUCUCUCUGUUCCUGUCAAAGAUGAGGACCUUGGCCCAGGGCCCAGCUUCCAGCUCCACACACAGUGAGGAGGAUACAGAAGCCAUCCGCAUCCGGGCCACUGAGCUGCUGAACCUGCUGAAGAUGCCCAGCGUGGCCCAGUUCGUGUUCACACCUAGUGCAGAAGUGUGCCACCCUCGCUAUCACCGUGACACCAAUACAUCACUGCCCCUGGCCCUGCACAUGGUCAGCCGGCUGGUGGAGAAGGAGUCCAGCCUCCUGCCAGGGUGAGGGGACAUUGACCAUAUGGAUGUCGGCUGCAGAUUUAGAGCCUGAGGUUCGCCGGCCUGGUAUUAGGGCCAAGCCACUGGCUUUGGUGAUAAGAGGAAUCAGGGAGGAGCAGGAGACCUCCUGGGACAGGAAGGUGGCCAGGUGGCUCAGCCUCAGGGGUGUGUCUGACCCUUGCCUCUGUAGUUGGUGGCCUCACGCUUUCUCUGGGCCGGCUAGAAGCUGCAGACCCUGCCCCAUUGUUCCUGUUUCUGGACAGUUUGGCAGCGUGAGAAAUACAGUACGAAUAAACCUUUAAAAGCUUG